CGAAAGAAAUAAGCAAUAAUAUAAGAAUAUAAUUAGAUAUAGAUAUAUUAUUAUUAGAUAUAGAUUAAAAAAAAACAAGAUAAUAUCUGAUGCAUCAUGACUGUAAAGAAUGUAAAACAAGAUGCAUGCAACACGAAAAAAUAAUUUAUUUGUUAUGGAUUUUUAUUAUAUAUCGACAAUUCAAAAUUUCAAAUAAUCUCGUUGUUGCACAAAAAUUGCUCGUACAUAGAUACAUAGAUUCUUCAUUCUUAUUUAUUAUUUUGUUAAUAUAAUUAUAUAAUGUAAUAUAACAUAAGAUAGAAUAUAAAAUUAUACGCGAAUGAAUCAAAAGAUUAAUGAAUGAAAUGUAAUUAUGAAAUUUCGUAUAUUUUAUUUAUAUAAUAUAUUUCAUGACAAACAAGAUAAUUUUUAUAGAUACGAAUACGAUAAAAAGUAUCGGAACGUGGAUAUAGAAUUGGAAUUUCAAUUGAAUUUAAACUGAAUUUUGCGUAUUUGAUAUCGUAACUAUUGAUUAUUUAAGUACUUAAACUUGAUUUACUCAACAACGAUCGCUGUGAGUACAGGUUAUCGUAUUAAUAUCGAGAAUGAUCUCCGUAAGAUUCGAAUGGAUUCAUAAGUACCUAUAUCAAGGAACAAUCGAAAUAGCAUCAGUGAGAAGCAACGGUGAGUGUUGGCAACAACGUUGAUAUUAUGUACUAUUUUGCGAAGCAUGAAAAUAUUUGAUCAGCGACUAGUUACCGUUCAACCGUUUAACAGUAAUGUUUUAACGUGAAUUCAUAUUACGAUUCUAAAUAAUAUUCUACGAUCGACAGUGUUACAUUUUCCAAUAUUUUUACCACCGAUCUUGGAGGUGAAUUACCAAGAUGAUGUGGCAACAAUUAAAUAUACUUUUGAUACGAUUAUAUGAUCCGAUCGAUCGAGCAGAAAAUCUUUUUCUUAAAAUGAAGAAUAUUUGUAUGAUGAUAAAUCAAAUUAUAUUUUUUAUGCUGGCUGAUCGCAUCUUUAUACUAGAACCAAAAAUGACAUGUUUUUAUACAUUAAUGUUUUAUAACGUGAUUACUUACUGUAUUAGCUAUAUUAAGGAAUUAAUCGAAAAGGAAGAUUGGUCACCUUAUGUGACUCUCACGGAAAGAUCCAAGAUUAAACAUUUAGCUAUGUCUGCUACCAAAAUAGUUUUUGAAUGGACAAAAGCCGUCACCUUUAUUGUAACGCUAACAUUUAUGCUUCUUGUUUUUGGUUUGGAACAAGGUCUAGAACAUUACAAACCAUCAACAACUUACACGAUGAUAACAUGGAUUUAUUAUUUGGCAACGGAGAAAAUCUUUGCCGAGAUGUUUCCAUCGAUUUUGAAAUUUCUUCAUUUGGAGAUGUUUGAAAAUCUUGAAGAGCUUUAUGCUCCGGUAAUAUUAAAAUCAUUUACUAUUAGUGCAUCGGCUUUUCUUAUUUUAAUCUUACUCGUACGAAUAGCAUCCUGGAAAUUUUUAUUUAUAGCUAUCUAUUUGAAUAUCUAUUUAAGAUUAAAAGAUCUUUUACGAAUUUCGGGACCUGCGUUAAAACUUGAAUGCGAAAUAUUGAAUCGUUAUAGAAAAGCAACACCUGAAGAAAUUAAACAAUUUGAUGAUGUUUGCGCCGUUUGUCUUUGCGAUAUGUUCAAGGCGAGAAUAACACCUUGUUGUCAUCUUUUUCAUGCAGAUUGUUUACGUCAGUGUCUCAAGACUGGUAAUAUUUGUCCCGUAUGUAAAAGAGAAUUAAAAUUUUCAUAAAAUUUAUUUUAGUCUUA